AUGCUUCAUCAUGUCAAAAUGGACAAGCGCUUCUGGGCUGAAGCGGCAAUGACGGCAGUCUACGUGAAGAACCAUUUGCCGUCACCCAAGAUCCCACACAAGACGCCGUUCGAGAUUGUCUACAAUUCCAAGCCAAGUGUCAAGCACAUGCGCGGUUUUGGGUGCCACACUUACAUCUUGACCCCGAAGGAGAAACAACUCAAGCGGAAUCCCAAGGCACGUACUGGGUUAAUUUUGGCUACGAAGAAAUGUCCAAGGCUUACCGAGUUUAUGACAUUGAAGUGGGGCAGGAGACGAUAA